AUCCCAAAGUCUGAUACAAAUGGGGAUUCCCGGUUGUAAUGUCGCGAGCGGUGGGGAAACAAACAACAGGAAUUUCUACUGUUUUUACUGAUCCCACACCAGAAAUUUACCUACAGAUAAAUGAUUUCCAACUAACUCCAUGAUAAUUGCAUCCAUGCCUUAUGCCAGGCAGCAGUCAGUCACAAGUAUUGUGAGUAGUCUUUGGAAGAGACUCUGAUUUUCAAAAGAGGAAGACCUUAAAGCCAAUCAUGGUGUUGGAAUCCCUGUUAUCAAGUGUACUCAACAAGUACCUGAGCAAAUACAUCAGGAAUUUGGACUGUCAUAAUCUUGAACUUGGCAUCUUUGACAGCAGCUUAGAACUCACAGACCUAGAGAUAAAGCCAGAGGCAUUGGCUCAACUGAAUCUUCCAAUAGAAGUUGUUGCUGGUCAUAUAGGAAGAGUAUGCAUUGACUUUUCAUGGACAGGCCUUUUCUCUGAGCCAGUAGUGGUCAACGUUGAAGACCUCUUGGUGCUGGUCAGUCCGGUUGCUGACCGUCCAUACGAUGAAGAGAAAGCAAGAAAUGCCGAGAAUGCGGCCAAACAUCAGAAGCUUGCAGCCAUUGAAGCAUCCAAGAAAGCUGCUUCAAGCUCAGACACAAAAAGCAAGAGUCAAGAUCUGUCAUUCAAAGAGAAGUUAACUGCUGCAAUCAUAAACAAUAUACAGGUGAAUGUCUCCAACAUACACAUUCGAUAUGAAGAUAACAGCACCUACCCUGGGAAGCCAUUUGCAUUUGGUGUUGCUCUGCACCGUAUCUCGGCCCAGACAACUGAUGAAGAAUGGGAACCAACUCAGCUGGAUGCUACGGCCAAGAUCAUGAGAAAGCUGUUGGAAGCAAUUGGGUUUUCAGCCUAUUGGAACACCUCAGUGCAACAUCCAGUCUCUGGCUAUGUCAGGAGUGGGCAAUGGAAGGAGAUCCUUAGAAGUUCCAUCCUUAGUCAUGAGAUCAAAGGUCAACCAUUUGACUUCAUCGUUGAACCAGUCACCACUACAGCCAGGCUGACCUUCGACAAGUCCGACCCUACGACGGACUACACCAACCCUCAGGUCAUGCUAGACAUCCUCACGUCUGCCCUCACCAUCUCAUUGUCACGGCAACAGUAUCUCAACGUCAUUGACCUCGCCCAGUCUAUCCAGCUCCUGGCUGUUAACGAGAGAUACAGGAAGAACAGGCCAGGUGUCGGGGUCCGAGGCAACGCUAAGAAAUGGUGGCACUAUGCAUACAAAUCCAUCUUGGAGGAGCAUAUCCGUCCUUGGUCUGCCCCCAGGAUAGAAGCCCACCUUGAGAUCUACAACACCUACUGGCAGAAGUACAAACAGAAACUAGUCUUACAGGAAGCCAAACAGAGCACAGAGGCACUGGACAGGAAGUUAAGGGGUCUGGAGGAUAGACUAGACUUGACUAACAUCAUCGCAGGCAGAGAGAGGGCCAAGACAGAGUUCAUCAGGGAGAAACCGGAGAGAGACAGAGCAAGGAGGAAAAAGAAAGCUGAAGAAACCAACUGGUUUAUGCGUCUCCUAGGUUACGGGGAUGAAGAUGAAGAAGAGGAGGAAGAGGAUGAUGAUGAAGAUUUAUGGUCUAAGCUGACAGAGGAAGAGAAGGCCAAGGUGUAUGCUGGGAUAGGAUAUGAAGAGUCAAGAGAGGGCAGCAGUGUGGAUGCUAGCCCCAUCCCUGUACAGUAUGUAAGGACAAAAGUGAGCUUCCUGCUUGAUCGGUGUACAGUUUCCUUGAAGAAUCAGAAUGGAACUAUACUCAGAGGGUUAUUACAGAAUGUACAGGCAGGAGUACAACUUAGACCAGUCAACAAUGCAGUCCAUGUGAUGCUGAGUACAGAUGCCAUGCGUGUAGAGGGCGCCCUCCUCAACAGAGAGCUGGUGCCUCUGAUCUCCUCAGAGAAGCUUCAUCCAGACACCUCCAUGACGUCUCAGGUCUUCAGUGUGGACUUUGAGACCUCUCCGUUGACAGUCCCUGCAGACUUGGCUCUGGCCAUCACCUCGGAACCCGUUGAUGUGGUGUACAAUCAGUAUGCAGUCUCGGAGCUCAUCGGCUUCCUCAAGGUUGAUAGCUUGGAUCUGUCCGGUCUCAAGUCCGCUGCUUACGCUGGGGUCCAGGAACUUGCCAAGGCCUCACAGAACAAUCUUCUCUAUGCAAUACAACAUCAUAAAACAAUCCAGAUUGACUUUGAUGUGAAGUCUCCAAACAUCAUCAUUCCAGAGCAUGGUUCCCUUGACCUGGGGGGCUAUCUGCUCAUCCUAGACCUUGGUAGUCUACGGGUUAACAGUGAGCUGCAGAAGGACACAACAGCCCUUGAAGAUGCAACUCCUACAGAGAUAGAGGCAAGACUCUAUGACAAGUUUGUCAUCAGAAUCACAGAUAUACAAGUCCUACUUGUUGAGCAAGGUGCCGACUGGAGGGAAGCCCUUCAGGCCAGAGAGUCUAGACAUCAUAUCUUACCUGGUUUAUGCCUUCAGAUCAACACUUUCAUUAGUGCUAAGCCAGACUACAAACAACUUCCACAGCACAAAAUAGAAGCAGUACUACCGUCGCUGAAACUUUUGAUAUCAGACUCCAAGAUCCAAGCUCUUGUCAAGUUUGCCAAGAAUGUCCCACUUCCAGAGGUCCAACCAAGCACCAAUGACAUUCCAUACAGGACACCAAUGCCAUCCAUCGACGUCAAAGCAGUGAAGUCUGAGAUGUCCACAGCUGCCUUGCGCCGUACCAAGAGACUCAUGCUAUGGAGUAGGAAAACCAGGAUUGCUGGUACAACUCUACCUACCAGGAAGGUUACCAAUGUAGACGAACUAGAUAGCGCCCCUGCCAAACCACCUUCCCCUCCUGUAGCCCCACUCAAAGGUGAUGUAUAUUACACAGCAUCGGAUCAUUCCGAUGAGGACAUCCAACACUGGGCAGCCUCCUCCCAGGUUCCAAGGUUUGAUGAUAAUGAUUCCGCUACCAACCAGACACACACACUUCUUAGAUUCGUCAUCAGAGAGGUUGUGGUGUCCAUUUCUAAGCCAAGCACCAGUAUACUACCCUCCCCAGCUAGCAGCGGAGAUAGGAGUACCAGUCCAGCUCCUCCCUCCCCCACCGAGACUGGAGAGUCCGAGUACCUAAGCCUUAGGAUAGACUCUGUCUGUGUGGACGUAGCCCUGAGUACCUACGGCCUGGCUCUUCAUAUGGGACUGAGGGGCAUCCAAGUCAUUGAUAAGUUUCAUAUAGGUCCAGAUGGCACGUAUCUUCAUUUGCUCAGCUCAGCAGCAACUUCAGAGUUAUUUUCUGUCCUGUACAGAAAGGUUGAUUCAAAGUGCCCUGAUUUCAAUGGCUACUAUGGAUCUACAGAGCAAGCUGUGGUCGUCAACUUCAGUGCUCUCAAUAUCUUGUUCCACAGAACAGCUGUGCUCUUCCUGAAGAAAUCCAUCACAGAGAUGAUUACAAGCCUGAGUUCUAUCUCUCUAACUGAGAAGGUUGGAUCAUCAUUGACAUCAGACCCCGAACCUACCCCACCAAGUCCAGAAACAGAGCAAGAGACAGAUCUUUCAGCCAAACCCCAAGCACCCAAGGCUCCUGUCAGAGGCAUCAUCAGGUUCUACGGUGAGGCCACCAUGGAGUAUCUAUGCAUCACGCUGACUGACGUCUAUGAGUCUCUGGCCAAUGUCUAUAUCAGGGGGUUGCAGUUCUCUCUCAUAGACAAGGAUACAAGGAUGACUGUCAAAGCAAGAUUGAAAGAUUUCUCCUUUGAGGAUGCAGUUGUUGAUACGCCUUAUCCCAAGAUCAUAUGUCUACAGGACCAGACUGCUAUUGAUAUUAGGUUUGUCCAGUUCAAGCAACCCACCCGUCAGCCCAUCCCCACCAUCAUCCCACCAGACCCUGGGGCCUCUACGGGACCCACCCACGUCCAGCUAGACUACAGCCUCAAGGUCAGGCUAGGGAGUAUACAGGUAGUGCUACUCGGACCUUACAUCAAGGAACUAUUGUCUUUCUUUGAACCAUUCAUCAACCAAGGUGCUAUUGAUACAGCGAAAGAGGCAUCUAGCAAAGCAGUUCAGACAGUGGACGAGAUGCAGCAGACCGGGAUGAAAGUAGGACUAGACAUCAAGAUCCGUUCCCCUAUCAUCCUGGCUCCCGAGAAGCCGAACUCCGCCCAUGCCUUGGUGGCCAACCUCGGCAACCUGUCAAUCAUCAGUUCAUUUGAUACGGAGGGAGGGAUCGAGUCGCCGGAUGGGCGGGCCAAAGUGACAGCCCCCCUUAUGAUGUAUAUUACUACGAGACUCACAUCUGUGCAGAUAUCAAGAGCUGUAAUCCACGCCAAUCAGACUAUUGGUUCUUAUCGUCUUAUUGUUGAACCUGUGGAACUUCGUGUUGACCUCAGCCGACCUGUUGACCCCGACGUGGCUGCAGUGACCCCACUGAGAGUCACUGCAAAUCUUGAGAUCGUACAGAUCAACAUCGGAGAACAAGAUAUAGUUACAAUUUUGGCAACGCUGAGCGAAAAUCUGAUGGCGCCCCCUCGGGUUGUGGCAGAAGCAAUGAUUGAAGAAACCUUAGCUACCACAGAGGCAGAAGUUCAUGAAAGUCUUCCAGCUAGCAGUGUCUCUCCACCGGCCAUCACCCCACCUCCUAAACCCAAGGACAUUAAACCAAGGAAGACCAUGUUCAUUCAGUUUGUCAUGGAUGGAGCGGAGCUAGAGUUCUAUACCAAUGAACAAAGAUUGCAAAGGAGUGGAAAGGGUGUAUCUUCCCGUGACCCGAGGAACGGUCUGUCUCGCUUCAGACUCCAUCAGGUCACUGGAGCAAUGUCAGCCUACAGUACUGGAGCCACGAAUGUCUCUGCCAGUAUACUCACAAUCACCCUGGAAGAUAUUCGACCUAACAGCCCUCUAGCUAUCAGACAGUUACUCCUGAAGAGCAGUAAGAAAGCCAGUCGACGUACGUCAGCCCCUGGGAGCCCUCCGUCCCCUAAGGUUACCCCAAUGGUAGAGUUCACUUAUACUCAGGAUGAGAAUCAGCUACAAAGCAUUGAUUUCAUCAUUGAAGGUGUCAGAGUUAACAUCUUUGUGCACUACCUGUUGGCCAUCUAUAACUUCCUAAGUAGUGCGUUGACCCAGAGCAAGCUGGAAUCACCGCUCAGUCCCAGCGGUGGGCAGACAUCCAGGCAGUCAUCUAGGACACUUUCAGUGCAAGGAGGUCCGGUCGGUCAGAGCGUAAGCCAGUCAGAAGGCUUGAACCUCAGAGCUACGACCCCAGCAAGAACGACCUCUAGGUCACUCCAGGUCAAAUGUCAGCUGAGGAGGCCAGAGAUUGUGUUGUUUGAUGACCCUACCAGUCAGAACAGCCAGUGUCUUGUCCUAAGGAGUGUGGGAAAGUUUGCCUAUAAGAGCAGUGAGAUUGGUCAACAGAUUGUUGCCAAUUUGGAUAAAGUACAGAUCUUUUCCUGUGUAUAUUCCCUAGCAGUGCGGACAGCAUAUCAGGUGCUUGAACCGUGUGCCGUGACCUUUACCCGGGUCACGACCCCAGACCAGGGUGACUUGAUGACCGCUGACUUCACUGAUGUAUGCCUUCAUUUAUCACCUAGAGUGGUCUAUGUGGUAAGGGGCGUGACUGAGGCCCUAGCAUCGGUCACGCAGAAACCAGCCAGCAAUCGACAGCUCCUAGAGGAUUAUGAGCACGAGGAUCUAUGGGGCCCUAAACCCAUAUUCUCACAUAGCUUCCAUAAACGCAAAGGGAGUAUGAAGAACAUGGUUGACUUUGCCCCGCCUACUGAACCCACCACCACACCCAGGCAGAAGCUUACCAUCCAGCUGCCCAGGUUUGAAGCAUACAUGGAGCUAGAAGAAGCCCUGGACCAUGUGGCCCUGCUCAGGCUGAGCUGUGGGUUCCAUGCCUCAAUCAUUGACUGGUCAUUUAACUUGAGAGCUGAGGCUGAGAUGCACAUGGGUAUGACGUCCUACAAUGAAAAGCUUUCAGUGUGGGAACCCAUCGUUGAACCGGUUAUGGAAAAGGAGGGAGAUUAUAGAGCAUGGGAAGUCACUGCAAAGCUUACCCGAGCAGAGAGCCACCCCAUCAAGUGUUACAGCAUGUGUGAUCGUAGUCCAGAUGGUCCACAGGACAGUGUUGAUGGAGGCAUCCAGCUGGUUCACACCCCAGGCUCCUACCCUGUGACUGAGACAGACUCGGAUAGCGACACAACCAGUGAGACGGAACUGGAGUGGGAUGGGCAUUACAGUAGUAGCUUCCUCAGCAGUGACAUUGCAAGCCCUCAGGAUGAAGACAGAAACCCUCCACAAGAGAGCAAGUCAGAGAACGAAGAUGAGGACGAAGAGAACGAUGGAGGAUUCUUCAACAAGGUGGAGAAUAUAUUCAGGGAUAUCUUUUCAAGUGAUUCUGAGGAAGAGGAAGAAGCUGCAGGAGGAGGAAGAAGUGAAACUGAUGGCGGUAGGAGAAUGGAGUUGGCUUUGUCAGGUGGAGUCAAUACAGGACAGUGUGAUAGCGGGAUAUCAUCAUCGACAAGGAACUCAAACUCACUAGCCAGCUCGGAACCAAGAGAUGAAAUAGACAGUGAUACAGAGGUUACUGAUGUGGAGGUGAUGGCCAAUUACAUCAUCCUGAACUCACAGGACAAGCUUCAAGUCACAGUGACUCCGGUCUCGCUUGGAGUCGUCAAGGACCUUGCUGAAGCUUUCAGUACAGUUCCUGAACCUCAGUUACAGAUAAUGCGAAAUGUACAAGAAGCAUCCACUCAAAUUGUCAAUACUACAGGUCUGAAUGCAAGACUACUAGUGCCUUCAUCUUUUAUUGAGAAUGCCGAUUCGGUUGGUAUCAGCUUGGUACCCAUCAACGGGGGACUUGUUGCGCCAAGCCGAGCCAACAACCAACCCCUCACCCCAGAGGAGACCCGUGGGGUUGACACCACUGAUGCAGCCACGCCCGACGAUCCCCUAGAAACAGAAGGGCUUGAUGACUUAGAGGACCUUGUGAGAACCUCAAAGUACUGCAAGGACAAGUCCCAUGUAUCCUGCAUCUCAGCUGACGAUACAGACAGCGGUGCUCAGGACGUCAAUCAAAACGGUGUCACACUAGAGGUUGAUGGAUUCCGUUCUUUGACUAAUCUGAUUCCUGCCGUAGCUGGCACUUCUCUCUAUCCUCUCUCUCCUUCUAACUCACAGUCUGAUAAGGUAUAUGGGAUUGUACGUGAGGUUCACAUCAGCCACGGCAAAGAGAAAAUUAAGCUCCGAUCUCCCCUUCAGGUAGCCAACCACUGUCUAGUAGCAGUGCAGCUGUUCUACAAGAAGCUUGAUCUACAGACCCUCCAUGGGGCUAUCAUACCAGGGCUGGACGAAGAAGAGUUCACCAGUCUUGGCAUCAUCCAGCCCGAGGAGGUGAUGGACAUACCGGUCAUCGUCGCCUACCAUGCGGGCAUCUAUGCAUGUCCAGUUGACCAGGGACUUGAUCAUAUUGUUCAUAGGUACGGUGUGAGUGAGAAACCUAUUCUCUGGAGGGACCUUCAAGAACCAGCCGAGAUGUCAUAUCUUUGUCCUUCCACCAAGAGAGGGGCGCUUCCACCGUUUUACUUCAAGGUGAAGAGGAAAGAUGAGAAGAUCCCUCGUCCAGAGGGGUUAGAGGAUGCACCCUGUUACACCCUAAACCUCUACCCUCCGGUCACGUUACAUAACUACCUCCCCUAUGAUGUUGUCUAUACCUUAGAGGAGACAGGUCUGAAGUUCCUGUUGAGAGGCGACAAGAUGGCGAUAUACUCUACAGAUCUGACUGAGCCACAAAGCAUGAAAAUACAGGUCAAACAGUAUCUCUCUGCAAACUGGGAGGGGCAUCUCCCGGUUUCCAGGGAGAUGAAAACAACGGAAUCCAUCACCAUGGCAACCAAACAGGUGCACUCGGACCAGCGCAAGUACCUGACGCUGUGGGCCCAUAGCUCCAGCGAGGGAGGGUCAUGGGAUAUAUUCCUCUAUUCACCGUACUGGUUUGUGAACAAGUCAGAGCUACCUGUUGAAAUAAGGGCCUCUCGAUCAAGAAAGAUCUUCAGCACACACUCUUUAAGUGAUCCAGUUCUCUUUACAUUCUCAAACUCUAAGAGGAAAAAGGCCAAGCUGAGAGUGUUUGAUUCCAUCUGGUCAGCCUCCUUCUCAUUGGAUACAGUAGGGAGUUCAGGGGUCGUGACGUGUAAGGAUGAAGAUCAUGAAAGAACCUAUCAGUUUUGGCUGGACAUCCGUAUGUCACACCUUCCGUUCACCAAGCUAGUCACCCUCACACCAUACUUCCUUGUACACAACAAGUCUGACCAGGAGCUUUCCUACGCAGAGGAUGGGGUCAAAGCCGGGGUCUGGGUCAACAUUAAACCUACAGAGGUGCUUCCAUUCUGGCCCGGCUCUGAGUCCAUGAAGCUCAUCCUGCGGAGGUCAACGACCCCGGACAACCUGAGCUCACGACCUUUCCUGAUAGACACACCCUGUACCACUGUCCUGAGAAUGGAAAGAGGGACUGGUGUAACAGUUCAAGUCGAAGGAGGUGUUCAAGAACCUACUACUAUCACAUUCCUACCAUAUACCUCAGGACAUUCACCAGUCCGGUUAGAUAACCUGUGUGAUGACGUCAACCUUAGGAUAAAUCAAAAAAACAACGGAGGGCGUCACUUAGUUCGUCCACACCGUAGUCUGCUGUAUACAUGGGAUGAUCCGACUGCAGAAAGAAUACUCAUGUGGAACCUGUAUAAUAGGAACAAGAAGAGCUUUGAAUGCCUCAUCGACCAGGAUGGUUGGGGCAAGGUGACAGUUAGUUCAGAGAGUGUUAAUCGAAGCACUCUACCCGGUGAUGGGCUCUAUGUUGAAGGCGAUGAUGCAAGUGUUUAUAGCACUGAUGAUGAAGAAGUAACAGAACCCGAUGGUCUCCUGGAGCAUCCGUUGAUGAACAAGAAACAAAGAACAACCAUCUACUGGGUAUCUUACAUGGAUGGGCUGCAGAGGGUACUGGUCUAUACACAGAGCUCAAGAAUAGCCAGGGCAGCAGCUCAGGCCCAAGUAUCAGAGCCUGCAACCCUGGAAUUCCUAGCCUCUCUCCAAGGCAUGGGCGUGUCACUGGUCAAUGCUGCUUAUGAGGAAGUAGCCUAUCUGAGUCUGUUCAGCUCCCCGGCCCGCUGGGAGGUGGAGUCUAAGGCUAACAGGUGGAAGGCACUGGGGAUGGAGCUGACAGGGGUUUUGGAGAAUGCCUGGAAGCACGGACAAGAGGUCAUCAUUGAUGACGAUGGGACGAUACAGGCGGAUCUGAGAGCACAAACCAUUGCAAAGCCUGUUCAAGGAUCUUUGAGGAGAAUCCAUAACCCAGGAUUGUGGCUACACUUCAGGAAAUCAGAUCAUCAUCAAGGAUUGCAUCUAAAGAUACAGAAGAUACAGAUUGACAACCAAUUGUUUGAUGCGUACUUCCCCAAUGUAUUACAUGUGAAUGCCCUUCCCAAGGAUGUCCUAAAGAAGACUGGUCCCCGUCCAUUUGUUGAGGUGUCAAUUCUCAGGAGACAGAUGCCAGAGUAUGGUGCAGAUACUAUCAAGUAUUUCAAAGUAUUGGUUCAGGAGGCUAGCUUGAAGGUUGACAAUGGUUUCGUCCUGUCUGUAUUAGAUGUCUUCUCAAACUUACAAGAGGAACAAGAUGAGGUGCUAUCAUUACGUGCCGAUCUGAACUACAUCCAGAGCUCCCUGAAGGAAACCUCCAAGACCAUAUCAAGCAGUACUGCUAACCCUAUCUUCUUUGAAUUCUUCCAUCUCUCUCCACUCAAGUUCAUUGUGAGUCUCUCACUGAGCGGGGAACCACACAUAACCAAUGAGAAGCCUCCAUCCUUUCAACGAGAUCUCGGGCGUGUCCUACUGGAGAGCAUAGGAUCCACACUUACAGAGGUCACUGAAGUAGAACUCAAGCUGGGUUAUUUUGAGAGGAGGAAUGCCCUCUUGACGACGGCGCAGCUGACGUCAGAGGUUCAAGCUCAUUACAUCUCACAGGGAAUAAAACAAGCCUACGUGUUCAUCCUAGGCUUAGAUGUACUCGGGAAUCCCUAUGGGCUGUAUAGAGACGUCAAGGAGGGCAUCAGUGAUCUCUUCUAUGAACCGUAUCUGGGAUUGAUCCAGGGUCCAGGAGAGUUUGCUGAGGGUCUUGCCAAGGGUGUACAGAGUCUACUUGGACACACAAUAGGUGGGGUAGCAGAAGCAUUUGGUGGUGUGUCAGGAACCUUGGGCAAGGCCCUCUCUGUUCUCUCCUUUGAUGAGGAUUUCCAGAGGAAUCGAGAGAGACGUAUGAGGAGACAUCCAGACAGCUUUCCAUUCCAGCUUCUCAAUGCUGGCCAGGGUUUUGUCAUGGGGAUAGUCUUGGGGCUAUCAGGGGUUGUAACAUCCCCCAUCCACGGUGCCCAUGAGGAGGGUAUCAAAGGAUUCUUCAAGGGAAUCGGUAAAGGAUUGAUGGGUCUCAUCGUAAAGCCCCUCGGAGGAACCAUUGAUGCAAUCACCUUGGUCCUGGAAGGUGUAGAGAGGGCAGCAGAGGCUGGAGAGCAGGUCGUAGGUCGUCUCAGGAUACCAAGGUUCAUCAACCCAAAACAGGGCCUGACUCCAUACUCCCCAUACAAGGCUGUCGGUAACAGCAUCUUACACAACAUCAGACGCAAGGAAAUCUACAACACUGAUAUCUACUAUGCAUAUGCCACUGUGUCAUCGGACAGUACUCCGGAUGUGGUCCUCAUCACAACAAGGCGGGUCUUGGUCCUAGAGAAAUGCCGUUGGUCUGGAGGUUGGGACCUGGAACAAGGAGACCGGUUCAAGACCAUUCUCACCUUUCCAAAGAAAGAUGGCAAUAAAAUCGUCUUUACUGCUGUGCAUGAAGGGAAGCAGAAGAAGAGAGAGAUUGUUUGUCAAAAUGCAGAACUUUGUCAGUGGGUCCUCGUCAGGCUGGAAGAAGCCCUCCGCAAGUUCCAGCAGGAGAAAAAUCGGAUCGUGACCAUCUAAAAGUCCUGCUGGCUCCAAGGAGCUCCGUUCUCCAGGUAGGAUGUUGGAGAAUGCUGGAGACGAAGAGGGAGAACUGGAGGCAGCAUGAGGUUAUGAAAGGCGGUCUUUUAUAAAAUAAAUUGUAGCAGUUUUUAUGGGGAGUUUGACAAAUGUUGCUUACCAAGUACCAGGUGUUGUACAUAACCCUGAGAGGAAUUAGUCUCCAGGUGAGGUGCUGGAGAAUGCUGGAGACAAAAGAAGGAGAAGUGGAGACAUACAGAAUCAGACCAUGAACUAGCUAGCAUCAGUUUUUAUGGGGAGUUUUACACAGGUUACUUACCCAAGUAACAGUUGUUGUACGUUGACCAGAGAAGAACCAGUUGUCCGACCUACAGAGGUAAUGUAAUGCUCCACCUGUCAUAUCAUAUAUGGCAGUAAUUAUCUCAGGCUAAGCAUUGUCUGUGGUGAGAUCAUUGUCAAAUUUCAUUUGUGGGGAUAUUUUUCUCUUUUUUCUUCGUUGUUUCAGAAAGAAAAAAAGAUCGCUUCAUCCUAUCAGUAAUUUGGUCCAAUGUUUAAUUUCUUUUAAUAAUAUUAUUAGCUUUCAACUGCUAUGGAAAGUUAGAAGAAACCAUGUAAUUCCAUCAGAAACAUACAUGGUUCUUUUAUGUUAUGGCCUAAAUUUUUUUUAAUGUUCAUUGUUACAAAGGCCAGGAAAAUAGAUACAGAUUGAGAUGUAGAAUAUGCAAAGAACAUGGCAGACGAAAUAUAAUAAGAAGAUGAGGAAUGUAUGUACUUGUGAUUUGAAAUAUCUUGUUCAUUUUCAUGAGCAGAUCAUGUAGAUUGGGUAUUUGUUUUGUUUGCAUGUGCUUCAUGUUUGCGUACUUGUGUAUUUCUAUUACCUCAUUAUUCUGGCUUACAUCCCAUGACAAAAACGGUAGAGGGAAUGUCAUCGAUGCGAAAUGGAUGAUUGUUUCUGGUAAUGAUAAAGAUUUGUUUAUCCUGGAAUGUUAAGAACAGUGAUCCUCCUCAUGGUUAGGAAUUCCUGCCUUGCAUAUAUUUAGAAAUAUAUUUCUUGAAAGCCAUAAUUUCCUCUUUGUUUAGAAACAA